GCCACAAAAUUACAGAGAAAACCAGAAUCAACUCAUCACCAAUUCAAAAAAGCUCAGAUCUUAAAUGGCAGCAAAGAAACCAUGGAGAAUCAUUCCAAGACCCCUCUUAGAAACCAUUCUAAACAACCACGCUCACCACCACCGCGUCCAUCAACCCCUCCUCCUUCACGGCCCCAGAGGCGUCGGAAAAACCACCCUCAUACUCCAACGUUUACUCGGCGACUGGAACAAAGGCCCUCACAUCACCGGUUACGUCGACUUCGCCGAAUCCAUCAAAGAUCACAACCAACCAUCUCAGGCCCAAUCAUCUCCGUGGGCCUCGUGGUCCAAUGGCCCACGGCCCGCACUCUCCGAUUGCCGGAAAAGCCUCGAGCAAUGCCUGGAGUCCAUGGCCGAGAAGGCUGUCCGGAAAGGCACCAUCACCUCCCAACAGAUAUUCACUUCCCUCAACAAAUGGCACGGCCUCACCGCCGCGCUCCGCCGCGUGUUACAUGCUGCUUCCCCCAAAUCCCCUGUCUCAGACAGGGCUUCGCCGGUUGCUCUGUGGGACCGAGCGAUAUUCGCGCUAUCUGCUCGAUGUAAUGCCGCUGAGAUUGAAUCUGUUUUGGGGAAGAAUAAUAAGAAGGGCUUGUCUGUUGAGGAGGCUUCUUAUUUUAAGGAAUCUGUUGUUGCCCUGAAGCUCGCAAAGAAGGUGAUUGAGGUUAAGCAAGGGUGGAGGGCGAAUGCCAUCGCGCAUAUGAAUCGGACCGGCGUGUUCUCUCGGAGUUUGACGCAUUCUUGUACUGAUUGGCCUUGCUUGUUGUUGGAGUUGUUAUCACAGGCUGCUGAAAUUGACAAUUUUCAGCCGAAGCUGGUUAUUAACAAUAUCGAAGUUCUAAAGCAUGCUACUAUAAAUAAUGAGUUGUCAGUCAGUGGACCACUAUAUCAUGAUAGUCUGAUAUGGAGAAUAAUUGCUUUGGGUGCGAAUGAGCAGUGUCUGCCUGUUAUCCUGGUGACAUCUGAUAGUUACUAUUCAUACGAAGCUUUCUUGGAUUUUGGUUAUAUGGAUAUAUUCAUUUCACGUGAGACCUUUGGAUGGACUCCACAAGAAGCUAAAAUGCACAUGGUCACCGACUAUUUUAGUCAUUCUGAGUGGAAAGUGAUUGCGGAGGUACUUGGGACAAACCCUCGACAUCUAUUUGAACUUUAUGCACUUAAACAAAGCAAUUAUUACCAGAAGACAACAGAAGACAAGGCUAGUACCUUUGAGGACAUUGUAGAUGCAUAUUUAGCAUAUUUGCAAAUUGCCGUUGUGAAUCCUGCUAUGGAUAGAGCAUUGGAGAUCUUGCAAAAAUUUGCAAUUGAUGUAUGCAACGGAAAGGUUUCAAAAGACCGAUUACGUUUUGGUGCCCCCUGGAGGCAUCCACCACAAACUGAUGACACUAAAUUGCGCAUGGAGUGGGCUAAGCUUCAGUUAAUGGAUUUUCUUCAGUCUCUGGUUAAUACAGAAUUCGGGGUCAAUUACCGAACUGAUUAUAGUGAAGAAAUAUUUGAUGAUCCAUCAACUGUUGCAUUAUUAGAGGUGGGAUUGCUUUAUGCUCAACGGGAUCCACCCUUCCUUCGUCCCAUAUCUAAAGGAAUUCAGAGGUGUCUAGUGAGAUGGCUUGUCCAGCAGCGGAUGCAGCUGGGGUUUGACAUUUUAAUUCGUUUUCUGUGGCACAGAAUAAUACGUGGACGUUACUAUCGCCAUUUGAUGGUACAAGUAGGCUAUAAGUAGAACAUGAGAGUAGUUUUUCUGAGUUUCUGCCUUGCAAUUUUUACCCCCUGCAGAUGCUUGCCAACUGUUCUUAGGCAUUAGUUCACCAAUCAGUCAAUAAUUUUCUGGCUCGUUGAAUUGAUUUUGGAUGAGAUGAGGUCUCAGUGCAACUAUAAUUUGAAGUAGAAAAGGUCAAGGAACCCCCAAUUUGGAUUGACGGAUUUCUCUGCUUGUUUCCAAUCUGAAGUUUCAGAGAGGUGUUGAAUAAAACUGAAUACAUUUGUACAAGUUAAAGCACAUUUCACAUGAAUGCUUUGGUGCUUUCCUCUGCAGUGCUCGAUUCCGGCAGCCAUUUCCUCCAUUGUGCCUCAAUUCUGGUGAGUUCCUCCUGCCGCUGCCUCCAUUCUCACCCACUGUUCAGUAACCAGUGGAAUCUUCCUGCAUCCCACUAUGCUCUCAUUCCAAAGUUAUCCCUUGGUUGAAAAGUUAACGCUCAUUGUUCCGUGGCUGUGUGAAUUUCUAGCAUUGGAGCAUUGAAACCAGAAACUGCAUGGAUGUACAAUGUUAUUUGUCACUGUA